AAUCAGGAGAGAAUAAUCCGGCUGGAGGAGGCAACAUACGAUUUCAAAAGUAAAAUCCCCUCUACUUUACCACAGCAAUAAACUCAUGUACAGUGUAAAAGUAUGGUUGUGUUAGUGAUCAGCCCUCCCCAUAGAUGAUCACAGGGUCCUUACCUUCCAUUCCAUUUCUCAAUGCACGACAUUUACUUGCCAUUGAAAAAUAAAACCCAUACAAACCAUUGAAUUCAGAAAUAACAAGGACAGAAAGGCAUUCCCGUUACAUUAGAUAUUCGUUCCUCCCCACUUGCAAUCCGUCUUCUCCCUCCUCGAGCAUCCCCUUCACCCAAACCCACGUCCCCACGAUAACUAAACAAAACAAUUCCCCCAUUUCUCAGGUUCUUAAAAAUCUACCCAACAAUCCAAUCCUUACCACACGCCAAGCAUGAAAGCUUAACUUUCUAUCCUUAUCCGGUACAGUCUGCCUCCAGAUCACUCUCUCUGCUAUUCAUUCCGAGCCCUUCUCCCUUGUACUAGAGUUAUAUUGCAGGCUUACCCUCGGUCUGCUUUCUCUAUCCUCUUUCUCACUCUACCUUUGGUCUUACCGCUCGCCCAACGGGUGGUUGACAUGCCAAUAAAUAAAGACACCAGUUUGCUCAAACGUCUCUCUGUCUUUCAGCAUCUCCAUCUCUCUGUCUCCGUUAUCUGCCUCCUUUACAUCUCCACUCUCUACCAUAGCUAGUGUUCCAGGAGCAAGGAACAACGAGCAUAAGGUUGAACCAUUUGAGCAUGAGACUUGAAUCUAGUGCGCCUGCCACAGUGGGCGUACCGAACACAUGUCUCUCUCUUUCUCUUUUAUCGACAUUAACACGCAUGCGUAUUUAUCAACCGAUUUUUUAUAUCCCUUCUUCAUUAUCACUGUCUUCUUUGCAUACAACACACACCUACACCAUCUAUCUCACCCAUCCAUCCAUCCAUCCGUACAUCCACCCAUACAUGUGCAAAUACAUAUAUACAUAUAUAUAUAAAUACACUAUUUACAGUAUAUAAAAGAGAGUAGAAUACUGAAAGAUACAGAAGAGACUACUCAGAGACACAUCAUCAAUAUUCUUACAGUUACGUCGUAGUCGAGGGUCACGGACUCAUGAAAAAAAAAAAUAUGAGAAUAAACACGUGCACAUUUAUCUUCACUUCAGGGAUUCCUCAAACGUACAAACCAUUUUUUUUACAUUUUAUGUAACUUUUAACACAUUACCUUUUUUUUUUUAACCCAAUAUUUUAUAUGUUUUUAUAUUGAUGCCGGUUUGGUUGUAGGGUUGGAUGCAUAUAUCGUGGAAUAUGUAGUAGAUUUAUGUAUUAUUAAUGAAAUUUAUUACAAAAGGAAAAAAAAGGUGUCAAGGGGUGGAACGCGCAUGGGCACAAAUAUAGAUCGAUGAUGCCUUGCGCGCCAAAGUUAUAAUAGAGGCUAUAAUAACCCUAUACUAAAAUCUAUAUAUAUAUAUAUAUCCCAUAUCUAUAUAUACAUAUAACCCAUUGAAUGCAUGCCACUGACACAUAGGCUUUAAUUACACAAAUUAAUGAGCAUGCGUUAGAGAUUUAUUUAAGUGGGGUAGUAUAAGAGAUGAAGCCCUGCGGGCUGUUGAGGAACGCUGAUAAAAUAUAUCGAUCGCUUUGUCAUGGGGAUCUUGGGAUGGCUUUCGCCGCCACCAGAUUGGGCUCAACUAUGCCCGAUUUAACGGCAGUCAGGUAUAAAGUCAAACGUGGGCCCUUUGGCGAAGUAACUGGGACCCAUGUCAAGUUUUUUGAACAAUUGUUGGGACACAAUCGAGUUAUUACUGAUCCGAACGAGUGCGAUAGCUACAAUGUCGACUGGAUUAAGAUGGUUCGAGGAAGCAGUAGACUUGUGCUGAAGCCUAGUUCGACAGAAGAAGUGUCAGAAAUUCUCAAGUACUGCAAUGAUAAUAAUUUAGCUGUUUGUCCACAAAGUGGGAAUACUGGUCUUGUUGGUGGUAGUGUUCCAGUGUUUGAUGAAAUUGUUUUGUCGAUGAAAAUGAUGAAUAAAAUAAUAUCUACUGAUGAAUUGUCUGGAGCAUUAGUUUGUGAAGCCGGAUGUAUAUUACAAGUUUUAGAAAACCAUGUAGAACAGUACGGAUUAAUGAUGCCCUUGGACCUUGGGGCGAAGGGAAGUUGCCUUAUCGGAGGAAAUAUAUCUACCAAUGCCGGAGGUCAAAGAUUGUUGAGAUACGGAAAUUUACAUGGAUCUGUAUUGGGUCUUGAAGCUGUUACUGCGAAUGGUCGGGUAAUCGAUUCUAUAAGUACAUUGAAGAAAGACAAUACUGGUUAUCAUCUUAAAAAUUUAUUUAUUGGAUCAGAAGGUACACUUGGUGUCGUUACUAAAGUUGCAAUACAGUGUCCGACUCGUCCAUUGGCGCAGAAUGUUGCGUUUGUCGGGUUGAACAGUUUCGAUAAAGUAUUGAAGACUUUUGUGCUUGCGAAAAAAAAACUCGCUGAAAUUUUGUCAGCCUGUGAGAUGAUUGACUCGUGGUCUUUGGGAAUCAGUACAGAUUUAUUACAUUUAAAGAGUCCGCUGAGUCAGGAUCACAAAUUUUACAUGCUCAUUGAAACGUCAGGAAGCAAUCAGAGGCAUGACGAAGAAAAGCUGACGUCUUUUGUCGAGACUGCUUUGUCAGAGGAGCUUAUUGAAGACGGAACUCUGAGCGGUGAUCCUACAAAAAUAAAAAAAAUUUGGGAAAUUCGUGAGCGUUUGGGCGAGGGAUGUUUGUUAGAUGGCUACUGCUUCAAGUAUGACGUGUCUCUGCCACUUCCCCACUUCUAUAAACUAAUUGAAGCCCUUCAUGAACGUCUAGACACUUCACGCGUUGUUAGAAUCAGUGGGUUUGGUCAUCUAGGCGACGGUAACCUGCACGUGGUAGUGGCAACACCCAAGUACGACCCAGAGAUCGAGUCUCAACUUGAGCCUUUUCUCUUUGAAUACGUAUCCGAACAACGUGGGAGUGUGAGCGCUGAACACGGCAUUGGGUUCAAAAAAACAAAGUAUCUGAGUUACAGCAAAAACGCCUCUGCUAUUCACCUCAUGAAGGAAAUUAAAAAUUUAAUGGAUCCUCGUGGGAUUUUAAAUCCCUACAAAGUCCUUGUCUAAUUUUUUUAUUUAUUUUCUAGUCAAAAAAAAAAUGAUAAUAUAAAUAUAUAUUUUUUUAAUUCUAUUUAAUGUUUCAAACAUUCCGAUCGCUUAUCAAUGGAUGUAUUGUUUUGAAUGUAUAUUUAAGUGUCGUGUUAAAUAAAUUGUUAUUUUGUUUUA